UACUUGUCCAUCACUCGCUCGACUCAUUCAGAUGAAGUCGCUCGUCCACUGCGGCAGCGGCGCCCGAAAGCAGAAACCACCCUCUCCCUCCUUCUCAUACUGAAAGGCGUGCAGGCAAAUCCCAGACGCGUGGAAGGCCUUGCCCCCUCCUGCCGACGAUGCUCCUGAACCCUCCUCGCACUUCCUGGCCCGUUUGCAGCCGUGCCCCUGACCGUCACCCUCACCCUCACCGUCAGGCGCCUCCAGCACCACAUGCGGGAUCAGCCGAUGGUGGUAGGCCUUGGUGUGCUGCCCUUGACCGAUGGUGAAAGAGGGGUUGUAGCAAGGGUCGUCGCACACUGGCUGGCCGAGGUGCUUCAGGUGCACUCUGAUCUGGUGUGUGCGGCCGGUGUGUGGAAAGCAGAGCAGCAGAGAGGUGUGGCUCUCCGCAUGGUAGCCGAUGCACUGGAAGUCGGUGCGGGAGUGCUUUCCCUCUUGGCGAGGCCGCUUGCAGCCGGUGCCCUCGUCUGCAGCAGCCACGCCGUCAGACGUUGGUGAGAAGUCCCACACGCCGUCUUUGUGGUUGGUACAAAACAUGGCUCCUUCCACACUGAUGCGGCGGUGUAGAGAGGCAGCCGCCUUGCUAGCUGCACCCCGAGGUUCCGCCAUCACCUCGCUCAGCGAGGCAACACGCCACCGCUCGUCAGCCACAUCAGAUGCCGAAACCCCCUCCCUCGCCAGCAUCGCCUCACUACUCGCGUCAAACCUUCCAUCCACACGGGCCAGGUAAACCUUCCGGAUUAGCUUGGCCUCCAUGGCGCGAAAGAACAACUGUGCAAAGGCUGUGGUCUUGGCGAGAACGACGAUGCCGCUAGUCAGCCGGUCGAUGCGGUGGAGGGGCGACAGCUGGGCGGACUCGUCGCGCAUCUCUGCGAGCAUGUGGAUGAGGGUGUUGUGGCGGUAGGCGCCGCCAGGGUGGAUGGGGAUGGAGGGGGGCUUGUUGACCACCAGACAAUCAUCCCUUUCCGCGAUCACUGUAGGAGGCUCGGCCAGCACGGGGGGCUCGUGGACGAUCGUUGUGUGGGUGAGGUGGUCGUUGUCGCGGAAGACCCUGACACCCCACAAACAAACAGCUGGAGUGCUGUGCUGCCUCCGACAUCUCAUCUUGGCAGCUCAUCAUCUCACCGUGUGGCCUCCACUUUCUCUCCGUUGAUGCGAAUCUUUCCUGUCCGCACAGCAUCCUCAAAGUACUCGCGCCUGCCAGUGCAUCAUUACCACCACACACGUACCGCACUCAGAUGUGGAUGUACUUGCAGGCGGCGAAUGACUCUUCCUUCCUCUCACCCAAUUGCGACGAAUUCGGUGCACAGGACGGAGAUGAGCUGCUUCCCCAGCCAGCGUCGCUUGGCGUACACCUCGAAGGUGUGCUCAUACUCCUCAAGAUGACGUAAACCAUCCUCGAAGUGAUGCGCUGGCCGCCGGCUCAUCAGCGUCCGCCUGGACGUCCCCAUCAGAUUCUGCCUCGACGGCAGGGGCAGCAGCAGCGGUUUCG